CCGGUGCGGUGCGGGCACAAGUAUGAUAACCGACUAACCCAUCUCUCUUGGCGGACAUGGUUUUGCAUGCUCUUACACUUUGGGUAUAAUUAGCUAAAUUGAUUGCGCUUUAUGGCUAAUUUAAAUGGGUUUUGAUAUUGUAUAGUGGUGCACAGCCAACGAACAAUCAACGGGUGCGCGUCAGGUUUUCUAUUCAUCAGUUUGCAAAGAUGCGAUGGGAGGGCACGGGAGAACAAUAGCCGCCAGACCUGUUCACUGUUUGAACUCUUUGGACAAAUAAGAAAGAACAAAAUUCAAGGUAGGAUAUAGAAUAUACCCUCUUUCCCACAAGAACCGGUGGACCAUGGCAGCUGUGACAAGCCCGGAGACAACCAGCCAGCCUCGGGUGUACUUCCAGACCCCUCCGGGCACAGAAGACGAAGUUCCACAGAAACAAGGGCGAGUGACAGUCAAAUACGACAGGAAAGAAUUGAGAAAAAGACUGAACCUCGAGGAAUGGAUUGUCGGGCAGCUCACACAUUUGUAUGAUUGCGAGGAGGAAGAGGUGCCUGAGUUGGAGAUCGAUGUGGAUGAACUUCUUGACCUGCCAAGCGAUGUGGAGCGAGCACUCAAAGUCAAGGGACUGCUGGCAGACUGUUUCAAGCCCACAGAUGCGUUUGUAGCUGCCCUGCUGGAGCGUGUGAGGGGGAUGCAGAAGCUCAGCACCCCCCAGAAGAAAGGAGAGGUCACCCCGUAAACUUCCCCCCUCUCUACCCCACCACCAACACCAACCACCCCUCUCUCACUAUCAACCACUCCUCCUCCAGAGAAGAAAAACAAGAAGAAGAAGAAGACGACAAAGAGAUGGAGGAGGAAGAGGGGUUGGGGGCAGCAUGAUGGAGAGGGGGGAUGAUGUCAAGACUUCCUACUACAAUCUCCCACAAUUCCAGUGUGUGCUGUGCUUGUGGCAUUGGAAAGACCAGGGCCAAGCGUUCCAGCCAAUCAGCCUGUAGCUUCUCUUCUCUCCCAGCUGCAAGGUUCCAUCACCAGUGGCCAGUCUAUCGCUCUCUAUCUCUCUCUCUUUAUCUCUCUCUGGUUCUUGGUUUUUAAAGCAACCAUUUUUUCUGAGCUCCACCCUACUCCUUGUGAACUGUAUAUUUAAUGUCUAUGUUAGCUAGCUUAUCAUUAUGCAUUUUUGACAAGGAGAGGUGUCGAGGAUGGUGGCAAUGAUGGGGUGGGCGUGUGUGUUAAGGGAUAGUGGGAUUAAAUUAGGGGGGCGUUAAACAAUUCGUCAUUUAUUAACUGUGGUUUCUUCUCCAGUGUUGGUUAGGUGUGUGCGUGUGUGUGUGUGCGUGUGUCCCCUUGGAACACACAAUAAUAUCACUCUGGGCUGGUCUACAGUCCUCAAUUCAGUAAAUGUUGCAUUAUUUUUUAUGUUUUUUUUAAUUAUUGUCUUAUAACUUGCAAAGCUGCUGAAGGUGAAACUGAAAGGGAUUCCCGAAAGGAUGAAGGAUGUUAAACAUUUUAAGUGUGUUCUGGAGGGGAAAAAACAACAGAAAGGUGGACAAUAUUUGUUUAGGGACUUUUUUUUCAAUUGUGAUUUCCAGUCACCAUUUGCUCACAGGCCACGUACAUACAUACCAAAAUGAAUAUUUGUACGUAAAACAAUCUUUCACUCAUUGGAAUAACAUUGUUGCAUAUAGAAGCCUCUUGGCGCGUUCUCCUACAUCUUUAAGAGACAGAGAAUGAUUGUACUACAGUAUAGGUUCUGCAGUUAGUUCUUGAGUGUCUUUGUGUGUGUUUGAGAUAUACCGAAUACCCAGACAGCAACCAUGCUUUAGUCCCCCAGUCGAUAUACUGUAUAGUAGGAACUUCCAAAGGGGGAAGAAGAUGAAUUAUUAUUGAGGUUAUUUUAAGCUUAUAUGAAGAUAAAGAUUAAGUUGAAUGUUAAAGUUUAACACUUGCUCCCGUUUUUCUUUUUUAUGCUUUUUUAUUAGACGAAGAAUGAGGAGCUUGAAAAAGUACAGUUGGGUAAAAAGAGGAAUAAAAAAGCAAAGCAGGAGCAAGUGUGCAGACAUUCAUUCAACUGUAUGUUCAUAGCUGUCAGUCCCUUUUGGAUAUGCAUUGCGUACCAUUUCCGUACUUAACAGGUCAUUUUAGGCUCCCUAUGUACCUCUGAAUAGCCAGAUGGGCUCCAGACGAGACACCUUCAUGGUACACCUUGAUUUCCUUCAAGAUCAAAUUAGUGUUCAUAAACACAAAAUGUGUAAUCUUUGAACUUUGAACAAAGUUUCCAAACUGACAUGAUGUUGCUUUUCCAAUUAAACAGAAAGGUCUGGAGAAGUUGGCUGAUUUUAGUAGAGUUUGGAAAUGACAUGGAGCAACUAAAGCUGGUACAGUAUUGGAAAUAUUGUUCAUCGGUGCCUUGAAAGACAGGUUUCAAAGCAGUGAUCAGCUGCUUUAAAAUUGUCAAAGAAAUUAAUCACAUAGGAAAUGAUGGCAAUGUUUCAGCCAUACGGACAAAAUGGUAGUUAAUUUUCUUGUGAAAUUGACUGGUUCCUCUGUACUUUGGCUGCUUUUAGGCAAAAUACCUGAGGUUAUUUUAGUCAGUCUUUGUCGUAAUUCCAUGUACUGUGACAGGCUUCAUGUAAACAGAUCCUAACUACGUACGUAAGUCAGUUUCGUUGUCUCAAAUGGCGCACUUGCGUCAGUGUACUAGUGUGUGGUGCAUAAUCCACAUAAGUCUUAUGUGAGUAACAUAAAAAGGAAAGUUUGGACAUUCAGUACACUGAAUUUUUAGUGUGAGCGCCCUAUGCACUGAAAACAUAGUGUUCGAAGUGCACAAGUACACCAUUUGAGACACAAGGGUAUCUGAGCCAGUGGCAUCCCCUGCAUGGUUGCUGUCUGGGCAUCCCCGAGUGUUCAGUAGGCUAUUGUAGCGGAGCUGUAAGAUUGUU